AAUUGAUGACGCAAAUAGAUUUUUUUUGGUGCUUUACAUUUUUUUUUUCUUCUUCAAUUGUAUCAAUAUAUUUUUUUUAUAUACAUAUACUAAUUAGGCAGUUUAUUCAAAUAUAAAUGUCGUUAGCUGGCUAUUUCUUUGGCAACGUUGAUGAACAAGGACGUCUUGAAAGUGAUUUAGAUGAUGAUUUAAAAGAAACACUUUCUAGCGUCGAUGCCAAUGUGAUGUCACGAAUCUUUAGUGGUGACACAUUUGGUCUUGAGAAUGUACAAAUUAAAGAAUCAGAUAAUGGUGACGAUGAAGAUGAAGAAGAAGAAGACGAUGAUAAUGUGUCGGAUCGUAUACCCAACCUACCACCUACAACACAUGCCAAAGAUGCCGUUGACUAUUCCGAUUUUGACGAAGUGAUACCAGAAGAUCCUAUGUUUUCUGAGAAAUAUUAUCGACGUGGAAUGGGCAUGGUGCAAAAGAGUUUACCUCGAUCACGACUUUCUCUUGUUACUGAUAAUUAUGACGAUGAUGAAGAAGAAGAAGAGGAAGAGGAGGCAGCAGCAGCAGCAGCAGCGGCAGAAGCAGCAGCAGCAGCGGCAGAAGCAGCAGAAGCAGCAGUAACGCUAGAAAAACCUAUUAAGCAGGAAGAUACCAACGUUACUUUAAAUGAUAUUGUAAAGCCUUCGGAAACAGUUUCAUCGAUGGACGAACAACAACAACAACAACCUUUAAAAGAAGAGAAAGUGGAUAUUCAACAGCUAUUUCCUGGCUUUGAAAAAGAUAAAAUUUUAAAAUUUUCAGAAUUAUUUAUGCCAAAAAUCAAACGUCCUCCUAAAUUAACGCCUCAUAAAAGAAUUGUAUUUGGAGAUGGUUAUGAAUAUGAAGUUGAACGAGAUGAACGAGCUAUGUUUUUAAGGCCCAGUAAAUUUGAUAGAUUUCGAAUAGACCAACAAGCGAAACAACCAAUGAAAAAGAGAAGAAUAGAAACAUUAAAUAAAGAAAGUGAUAGCAGUAGCAAUGAAAGUGAAGAUGAUGAAUAUAUGGAAGAACUUGCUGAAAGAGCUGCAACAACUGAGUUACCUCCUAACAUAUUACAAGAUGAAAAAAUCUAUCAUUCAGUUGUGUUAGAGAAAUGGGAAGAUGAUAUUAUUUGGGACGAUAAUGAUGAGUCAGAGUCAUGUAAAGCUGAAGAAGAAACACAAGUUAUUAAGCAUUUGAAUAUGCAGUUAGAAGAAGGUGACUGGCUAGAUGCUGUCAUUUGGGACAAAGAAAAACCAUCAACGGAAACAAUGAAAAUUUCACUCGAUCUUAAUGACCCUAAUAUGCUAUUUGAUGUAGAAGAGGUUGAAGCCACCAAAGAAUUGUUGAUUCAACCUAAACAUGUUAAGAAGGGGCGUAAGCCUAUUCCUAGACCUUUGCCUAAGAUCCAAAUAUACCAUACUGACACUGAACCACAUAACAAAUUACCAUUAAAUCGAUUUAAUUUAUCAAACGAUAAGCAUUAUGAAUCACAUUUAACAGGACGUCUUAUUCGUGUUCGACAGACAUUUGGUCAACUUGUUGUACAACAUGCCUUACCUGCCCUGAGAUUGCAUCCUGCCCUCUAUAAAACUAAACUAAGCAAGCAAGAACUACGAUCUUUCCAUCGUCCUCUUAUUCAAUUACCCAUAAAUACUGAUAUUCAUUUUUCACGUAUGAAAGCCAGCAAGAAGAAAAGGAGAGAUAAAAAGAAAGGACAUACGGAUGAUAUUCGAAGUACAAAGGAGCUAACGCUUAAGGAUAGUUCACCUUUUGUCCUGAUGGAGUAUUCUGAAGAAAAUCCACCUAUUAUCUCUAAUAUGGGUAUGGGUACACUUGUGAUUAAUUAUUAUCGAAAGACAGAGCCAAAGGAUGAAUAUGUUCCUACAGCUGAUAUUGGUGAACCCUUUGUACUUGAUAUUGGAGAUACAUCACCUUUUAUGACGUUUGGUAAUGUUGAACCUGGCCAAACUAUCUCUGUCUACUAUAACAAUCUAAUUCGUGCCCCGCUCUUCCGACAUGAUAGUACUUACAAAGAACAUACACGCUAUUAUUUACGAGAGAUCCCUGCCAUAUUUACACUCGGUCAAUCUUACCCUGUACAAGAAGUACCGGGACCUCAUUCGCGUAAGGUCACGACAACUAUUAAAAAUCGAUUACAAGUUGUUGCUUAUCGACUUAUUAAACGUAAUCCAUUACACCGCCUCAAAAUGAGUAAGCUUGCUCAGAAAUUUCCAGAAUAUUCUGAUAUUCAGAUUCGUCAACGACUUAAAGAAUUCCUUGAAUUUCAUCGUCGUAGUAAAGAUGGAGGAGGUGGAUAUUGGAAGACGCGGGGAGGUGGAGAGCCACCCAGUGAAGAAGAAUUGCGCAAGAUGGUGACGCCUGAAAUGGUCUGUCUCUACGAGAGUAUGUUGGUAGGUGAGCGACAUUUACAAGACUUGGGUUAUGGUGAUGUGAACGACGAUGAUGAGAAUGGAGAAGGAGAUUCAAAGCUAGAAGUUGAACAACAAUUAGCACCAUGGUUUUCAACACGUAAUUUUAUUAAUGCAACUCAAGGUAAAGCUAUGUUGAAGUUGUAUGGUGCAGGUGAUCCAACGGGUCGAGGUGAAGGCUUUAGUUUUAUUCGUGUCUCAAUGAAGGAUAUCUUCUUGCGUGCUGGUGAAUCAGCAGAAGAAAAGUUAGCUCAAAUUGAAGCAAGACCUAAGAGUGCACAUCGAUAUAAUGUAGCUGAACAGCAACAAAUUUAUAGGGAAGAAAUUGCACGAAUCUGGAAAGCUCAAUUAGAUGCCCUGAGUAACAAGGUAGAGCCUGAGCUCUCUGAUCACGAAAAUGAAGAAGAAGAGGAAAGAGAUGUAGAUCAAGUAGAUAGUCCCUCUGAAUAUGAUUGGAAUGGACAUCGCCAUGGUAUGUCACCCUCACCAGCAACACCUUCCUUCUAUCAUAAAAGCCGUUAUGAUCGUGCUACAUCUGAAAUUGAUGAUGACGAUGUCUCUGUUACCGGUAGUAUGAGUUCCAGCUACCAUGUCAAUAAUCAAAAUAAAUAUUUGAUUAUUAAGCGACUGAUUGCACAGAAGAAUGGAGAGAAGGUAUGGCAACAGGAGGUUGUCCGUGAUCCAGUUGUGAUGAAAUCCUAUUUGAGACAGCGUCAAAUGAUUGAAGAAGAAGCUACGAGUGCUGAAGCCCUUGAGCCAACUGAUGAUGAAGAAAAGAAUGCUCGCAUGAAGAAACGUAUUCAAGACCAAUUGGCCAAGUUGAAACGAAAUGCAGAACGACGUAGACAGCGACAAUUAGCCAAACAAGCAGCAUUAGCUGAAAAUCCUGUAUUGGGUUUGAUUAGAGGUAAACGAGAAGGUGCUAUGCGUCGAUGUGGUAAUUGUGGACAAUUGGGACAUAUGAAGACCAAUAAGAACUGUCCCAAAUUUUAUCUUAAUUUUGUUGAACCUGGAUCUGAGGUCACACCAGCGGCGUCAGAGGGCAAUCCACCUGCUACACCUGUUAAUGCUACACCAAAUAGUGACAAUAAUAGUAACGUAGAGACAUUAUAA